CAUACACAAAGAAACUAUAUUUGUUCAAUAUAUAUAUCAAAUAUCAUCGAUUCGUAUAUUAAAGAUGUCGUACCCUAAAAUCGCGCCGGCGGCCACAGCCAUUCCGUCGGCGGUGGUUACGACAGUGGAUUGCCACAAGCAAGUCCGGUCGUGGCGGCUUCUCCGCUCUGUUAUGGAGCUUCUCAUCCCGACCUGCAACUGCGCGUUUGUCCAAGAACACGAACAAGAAAACCCUAACUUGCAAAGCAAGCAACUUUACAACGAAACCUACUCCAACCCCCACAAAUCUCGCACACCCUCGUUUCGUUCUUCGUCCCCUUCUUCAACCACCGUCACGGGCACAAUCUUCGGCUACCACGGGGGGAAAAUCAGCUUCUGCAUUCAGAAAUCGUCAAAAUCAACGAACCCUGAACUUCUUCUCGAGCUUGCCGUCCCGACAACGGUCUUGGCUCGGGAGAUGAGAGGAGGAGUGCUACGUAUAGUGCUCGAAUGCAACACGGAAUCCGAAAGACAACAAAACGACAAAAAAGGAGAUUCCGUAUCGUGGAAUAUGUACUGCAAUGGCAAAAGAGUCGGGUACGCGAGGAGACGGAGGCCGUCGAAGGAAGAUGCGGAGGCUCUGGCGGCUCUGAGGUCGGUGGUGGUGGGAGCCGGCGUGGUGAGCGGGAAAGAGCUCGAGGGGGACGGAGGAGGUGACGAGUUGAUGUACCUGAGGGCUAAUUUCAGAAGGGUUUCUGGUUCUAAUAAAGAAUCGGAAUCUUUCCAUUUGAUCGACCCCGCUGAGAAUAUCGGACAGGAACUCAGUAUCUACCUUCUCCGGUGACCAGUUUGAUGACUGAGAAGAUGAUACGCUUUUUCCCCCUUCAAUUUCCAUUUUUUUUUCUCCCGUUGUUCAAGCAUGGCAAGUAUGGUGGACUGAAGAACACGAAGGUACUGUCUUUUU